AUGCGAAUUUUAACCUGGCUCUCAGUUGCAAUACUUGUGCAACAUGGCAAAUGCACUGAUACCACAACCAUCCCUAGUCCAUUCUACCAGCCAUUGAAAUAUACGGCUGAAAACAAAUCUGAUCUUAUCCCCGCCGGAAAGAACUUCAGUCUGACCUUGACCUCGGAUGGAAGCACGGCCGCAGUGGUCAUAUUGGACUAUGGAAAGGAUAUUGAGGGUUAUGCAACCUUCACAGUAACCUCGCGCCAAGGGGACACGUCUGGACUUGAGCUGUCUUACAGCGAGACCCAAGGACUGCUAGAUUCAUUCAUGAGCGAUGGCCCUCUUCCAUUGUCUGCUGCCAUGGACAGCUAUCGUAUCAAUCAGUACAACAUUUCCGAAGAGUCCACCUACACCAAUCGCUUGAUCCAAGGGGGUCUCAGAUAUCAAAAGUUCAACCUUUCCACUGCAGGUGACCUUCAAAUCUCAAACAUUGGCUUCAUACCAACUGUCUCAACUACUCCAGUCACCAGUCUUCCAGGUUCAUUCGAAUGUUCUGAUCAGCGUUUGACCCGAAUCUGGCAGACUGGUGCCCGGACUAUUCAACUGAGUGAAAUCCCUGCAAAAUCACUACCAGAUUUCUGGGAGAUCACAUCUGAAGGCGCAUUCGUCCAGAAUGCGGUACCCCAGCCAUAUUUCAGUGACUUUGCUCCAUCGUUGACCCAGUAUCAAUUGGAAUUCUGGGCCAAACCUAUUAAAGGAGGGUUCGGAUUCACGUUGCUUAGUGAUACACUAGGCAGCGGCAUCUACCUGUUUUUGAAUGCUGCCAAUUCGUCGCUAUCAGCUCAUGCCGGUUCUACCGAGAUGGAUUCUCUUCCUCUGGCCUCGGCAGAAUUAGGUACAUUCCCACUCAAUGAGUGGUAUCAGGUCACUGCCUUGGUCAACAUGACCGAAAUCUCUGUGUCUAUUGGAGAAAAAUCAGUUCUUCAGUUCUCACAAACCUCUGCCUUUGCAGGCUCCUUUGGUUUGGGUGCUUCUUUUGGACAAUCAACGUAUUUUCAAAAUGUCUCUCUGAAAACCAAUGGGCAAGUGCUAUAUUCAUCAACGCUUACCACCAAGAAAUGUUUGCAAGAUUUUCUACUCGGCACGAACCCAUUGCCAGUGAUUGUGGACGGCUCUAGAAGGGACAGGAUUUCAUAUCCAGGUGAUCUUGAUAUCUCCACGGGACCCUCAUUUGCGAGUACUGGUGGCCGUGAGUUUAUCAACGGUUCUAUCGACCUAAUUGGUUCAUUCCAGUUACUUCCUGGGUUCUUUGCUUCCGCCGUCAAAAUUCAACAGCCAGCACGAACGUCUAUUAUCCAGGCUAAUAUGACUGGCUUGAUUGGAUACUCCUUCGAUCUGGUUGCCGCCAUGGGCGAAUACCAUCAGAUGACUGGCGACGUCGUAUUUGCACACAAAUGGGCCCCGAAAAUCACGCACAUGCUAGACUGGGCCGACUCCCAGACCUUGUCCAAUGGUCUAUUCAACAUUUCCAGUAGCAUCCUUGGAGGGGACUGGAACUAUUACGACCCAGCGCAGACCGGUGUUGUCACAAAAUUCAAUGCCAUCUAUGCCUAUUCUCUUCAGCAAUCGCUCUCAUUGCUCUCGGCCGCCGAUAUUGAUACAGCUCCUUACCAAGCUCGCUUCGAUGCUCUUAGAAGCGCAAUCGAUGAGCACCUCUGGAAUGACUCUUUGAAGGCGUAUUUCAUUUCAGAGUCUCACCAAAACGCUCUCGCACAAGAUGCAAAUGCGUUGGCUGUUUUGACAAACAUUCCGCAUGGAAAUCACACCUCAACUAUGGUCAUGUCCGCUCUCUCAAGAGAGCUUUUUGUGCCAGCAGGCGCUUUGGCAUUCUCCAACACAAGUGUUUCUGCAGGCUUCACACAAAGUAUUAGUCCAUUUGCAUCAGGCUACCACCUGAAAGCUGCUUUCUACGCCAACGACAGUCAGACGGCCAAGCAUCUUCUCUAUACAAUGUGGAAUUCCAUGAGCGACCCGCAUAAUGCUAACUACACGGGCUGUUUCUGGGAAACCCUGACUUCCGAUGGACUACCUGGCCUGGGAGAUACGACGUCGAUGUGUCAUGCAUGGUCCUCAGGACCGACCGCUGAACUCAGCCGCAAUGUUCUUGGGAUACAAGCCGCGGCUCCGGGGUUUAAAGAAUGGAAAAUCAUGCCGCAGACGCUUGACCUUAAUUGGGCCAAAGGAAAACACCCCACACCGCUCGGGGAUAUCCAAGUCGGCUGGGAAUUUGACCAUCAUGGCCUACUGACCAUGAACGUUAUGAGCCCAAACGGAACCAAUGGUCGCGUCUACCUACCAAAGCCCCUGAAAAAGCCCCUAUCAAGGUAUAAGUUAUCGGCUGGUAGUGUAGUUCAGGAUGACGGCUCAUUUGUCAUCCAUGGAGGCUCCAAAUUCACUUUCCAUCAGACCCGCUAG